CUUCAGACCGGACAUCCAUCGACUAGAGACGCUCGAGUCGUAUAUAUCUCCGCCGAGAUACCUCCUCCCGCCUGCCAACAACACACUCAGCAGCUCCCACCCGGCGUCGCAUAGCCAUGGCUGCCGCUCCAGCAACCCAGUCCUUGAAGUGCGUAGUGACAGGUGAUGGCGCUGUUGGAAAGACAUGCCUUCUCAUCUCUUACACCACAAAUGCGUUCCCCGGCGAGUACAUCCCCACCGUAUUCGACAACUACUCGGCCAAUGUCAUGGUAGAUGGCAAGCCCAUUAGCCUAGGACUUUGGGAUACCGCUGGUCAGGAAGAUUACGACCGCCUGCGACCUCUCUCCUACCCCCAGACCGAUGUAUUCCUCAUCUGCUUCUCCAUCGUGAGCCCGCCAUCGUUCGAUAACGUCAAGGCCAAGUGGUACCCAGAAAUCGAUCAUCACGCACCCGGCGUCCCCAUUAUACUUGUCGGCACGAAACUAGACUUGAGAGAGGAUGAGGGGACCCGAGAAGGCCUCAGGCAGAAGAAGAUGGCGCCGAUACAAUAUGAGCAGGCGGCCAUGGUCGCCAGGGAGAUCAAGGCCCAAAAGUACUUGGAGUGCUCUGCCCUGACUCAGCGCAACUUGAAGAGCGUGUUCGACGAAGCUAUCAGAGCCGUACUCAGCCCACGUCCCCCUCCAAAGGUGAAGAAGUCAAAGUGCGUCAUCCUAUGAGCACAGACCGGCGCGCAGGGGGCAACGAGUGGACGGGACGGGUUGGUGUAACGGGUGGGGACUUGAAUACCAUUGGUGUUGUGGACCAAGUUCUUACGGCGUUUUUUGAGCGGAAAUUGGACACGACACAGCGUGGAGCAUCACAUCGCAGCCAAGGCUAGCUGAGCUAG